AUGCCGAAGAUAUUCCUCAUCAAAAACCGAUUGCACCAGCAGCAACAGAAACUGCUGGAAAACCAAAAGGGAAACGCGCACGUUUCCUCCGACCCGCUGGUACAGUCGCUGCAAAACUAUCAUAACGACCACAAUCACCAUGACCGGUUACCGUCACCACCGCCGCCGUUCAUAAAGCACCACUAUCAGCACCAUCACCAGUCUGCGCCUCCACCGCCGCCGGCUAUACCGAUAAGGCAGAAUCUGCCGCCUCCACCACCGCCACCACCGCCGCCGAAGCAGCAGCCGCAGUCCAAAGUUGUCCAAGAGUCGCCGGUGUUGAAAACGCCUCAAGAGAAAAAUGUCGCCAACAAAGAUCUACUGCAUGACGAUGAUGAAGAGGUCGACCGAGUUAAUGGUUUGGAGCGACAAUCACGAAAUAGAGCAGAGUCUCCAAACCACCGAGUUAGUCCUACGGUGUCUAUUGAGGCUCCUACGCCGAUAAUAUGUCCGCCGUCACCUGACUGGAACCCACCGCCAAAAAGGCGAUUCAUAUCCACGUCAGAUGGCGAUAAUAUACCAUACGGUAGUAAAGAUAGCUUGCAAGUAACUCAUCGGCAAUGUGAACCACCCUCUAUCAAAGUCGAAGAGGAAGCUGUGACUAGCCCGGAGGUUGAACCCAAGUUGCCACCACCACCACCACCACCAGCAGCACCAGUAGCACCAAAAUGUCACCAGGUGUCCGUCAUACAAAGAACACCAGCAGCCGUCAAAUCACCACCCGUCUGUCCGAAAAGACCAGUAACACAGUCUCCAAGCAUUGUGGUGGAACCCGAACAAGACGCACCUAUCGAUUAUCAUGUGCCCAAAAAGGAAGCAGAUUUGGACUUGGACAUUGUUCGAGCCAUCAAGAAUAAAUUCACUAUUACGUUAAGAGGACAGUUGGUUUCAGCACCAAAUGGUAUUAUCACUGCCGCUGCAGGCCGUGGAAGGAGCAGUGGUGGUCAACAAGGGGGAGGCGGUGGAGGAGGUACAAACGGUGGCAGUACCAACUCUAGUUCAAACCGCGGCUCGUCAUUGCAUUCGUACACACUUGGUGGCGGAGGAGGUGGUGGCCCCACUGGCCUCUUGGGCAGUGGUGGCGGGGGUGGUGGCAUGGCCCCAGGUGGUGGCGGCAUGAACCCCGGCGGCAACGGCAAGCAUUUCGGAGGACCAAAUAGUCCUGUGUCGCUGCCGCCCUUCCACGAGAGCCUCAUAAAAUCGGGCGGCAAUUGCUAUUCCGCCCAAUACAACAAUCAAUAUCAUUUGAUGAUGACCGAUCAAUUAUGUUUCAAUAACAACGACACGGGUCAACAUCCUGUGGCUGGUGGUGGUGGUCCUUUCUCCAUUGGAUUGGAAGGUCCACCGAAACAAUAUUCAAUGUUACAAAAUGCCUCGUCGCUAGGCAUAGACAUUAAAGAGGACGAUUGCGAAGAUUUAUCAAGCUACGUAAAGGAAACUAACGGUUUCGACACGUUGAUGGCUGAUUCUGAAAAUGGAACAUCCAGCGAUCCUUUGCAGUUCACUGCUACUCUUACUUUCGCGGGUCCCACGGACCCCGACUUCUUGGACAGCCUUAACGACGCCGCUGAAUUGUUCUUCAAAGAGCCCCAAGAGUGCAUUCCUCCUUCACUCGUCGAACAACCUCUACAUAUGUUCAAUGAACAUAGAAACGGGUUUCCCGAAUCACAAUCAGAGAAGCGCAAUUAUCUACAUCAGGUGAACAACAACAAUAACGGACAGCCAGUAGCAUGCAGAAAUAACUAUGGAAGUUAUGAUAUAUCAAAAGACAGAUUAUCACAAAGCAGUUUCGAAGACUCCAACCAACAACUACAACAGUUACAAAUACAAGUGCAAUUACAACAACCACAAAACGUAGACGCUUGUGGACAGAUGAUGUUGUCACCGGGUUUAUCGUCGCUAGAGAUGGACUCAAACACCAGCAUGUCGGCUCCAUCACCUGCUAGCGUUAGUAUGGAUGGUACAAUGUCCUCACUAACGCCACCACCUCAAAAUGGCAAAGAUUCCAGUAACUCCGCUUUGGAUGUCAGAGUACUGCAACAUAGGGUGAGAAAGACCACCCCACCUGUAGGGAAACCAAAAUAUUCUUCUUUCUCCAGUAAAUCGAUGGCAAAACUCGGUCUUCCUAAUGACUUGCCAUUCGAGUUUGUCAACGGUGGCCAUGGCAUCAAGAAUCCAUUAGCCAAUCACGAUACUCUACCACCACCGCCGCCAUCAAUGCUAAUUAGAACACCAGAACCAGAGAGGAGCAAUACUUUAGUAGCUCCUGCAACUAUCGUAUCAGUAAAUUCUACUCCAGAACCAGUCGAAACAACCAAAAACGGUUCAAAGUUCUGUUGCAACCUGUGUUCCAAGACAUUCAACCUACAACGUUUGUUAAACAGACACAUGAAAUGCCACAGUGACGUCAAACGAUACCUAUGCACAUUCUGCGGAAAGGGUUUCAAUGACACAUUUGACUUAAAACGACACACUAGAACACAUACUGGUGUUCGGCCUUACAAGUGCAAUCUCUGUGAGAAAUCAUUCACCCAACGUUGUUCACUCGAAUCUCACUGCUUGAAAGUGCAUGGCGUACAUCAUCAGUAUGCCUAUAAAGAGAGAAGAACAAAGAUGUACGUUUGCGAAGAAUGUGGACACACCACCAAUGAACCCGAAGUGCACUACAUUCAUCUCAAAGAGAAACACCCGUACAGCCCGGCGCUGCUCAAGUUCUAUGACAAGAGACACUUCAAGUUCACAAACUCAAACUUUGCCAACAUGUUGCUUCAAUGA